AUGAAAUGCGAAGAUUUGUAUUACAGCGACACUGACUCGUUACUCAUUAAAAAAGAAGAGAUGCAUAAAUUUCCGAUUGGUAAGGAAUACGGUGAGCUAAAAAUAGAAGACGAAUCAUCUAAAAUAAUUGUGGUCAGCCCCAAAACAUACAUUGUCAAUAAAAAGAAAGGCCUAAAGGGGUAUAAGAUAGGAGACAAAUGGCAGAUCAUGCAAGGUGACACAGUGCUGGAAGAGGGUGCGAACAUCAAAGAAUCGAUAUACGAAGCUCUGCUGGAUGAGACGAAACAUGUCAUUACAAAAUACCACAAUAUUCAGAAAAAGUUUGUACGAAGAUCAGAUACCAUGUGGGAGCUGUUAACCAUAUCAGGCGAAAAUAUUGAAAAAAUACUUACAUAA